UAAAAAUACAAAAUCCCAGCACAACCAUCACAACCAUGGCCAGCUACGACGCGGUCGCAGUCUCGCCCUCCAAGAAGCAGGCGCUGCUCGGCGACGCCACGCCUCUCAGCGUCGUCGUCGUCUCGGGCAAGGGCCUCGUCGCGCUCAGCAGCGACGGCCUCACGAGCAACUGCAUGUGCGAAGCCACGCUCUUCUUGCGUGGCGGCAAGACCGCGACGACCAAGACCAAGGUCGCCAAGAUGACGCGCAACCCGCUGUGGCACUGCCCCGUGGCCUUGGGCACGCACGCUAUCGGCGACAUUGAGAGCCUCCAGCUCGCAGUGCGCCACGUCGCAGGCUUUACGACCAAAGAGAUGGGCGUCGCUGUGAUCCCGACCGACUUUUUCCUCGGCGAGCCUAACACCGAGCAGUGGUUCGACCUCGCGCCUACGGCGACCAUGAUGCGACAGUCCUCGUUCCGGCAAGACUGGCCGUACGGUCAAGUGUGCGUGAGCUUGGCGCCGCGGUCGCGGUCGCAGGGCAAUUCGUCCGCACUUGCUGCGUCGUCUAGCGUGCUAGCCGCGUCUUCCUGCGAUGCGCCGGUCGCGCGCAAGCAUGAUCCUGUCGCGGAGCUCGUCGCCGUGCGCAACUGCCACCAGUCGCUGCCGCAGCCAGGCGAGACGUGGUAUGUCAUCGCCGCAGCCUGGGUCGAAGCGUGGCUCACCUUUGUGGCCAAGAAGACCAACGACGCGCCGAGCGAGGUGUCGAACCAGAGUCUCCUCGACCCCGCCACCGGGCAGCUGCGCGCCACGGUGCAUCUCAAGACGGACGCGCGGCUCAUCGAUCCGCAGAGCUGGGCGCUCUAUCGUCGCUGGUACGGCGGCGGUCCUGUCAUCGCGGUGCAGGUCCCGACCGACGUGCGCAGCGUCGGGCGAUGGCUGGCCAAGCUCGAUUUGCCAUCCGUUGCCGUCGUCCAGUAGUGCGCGCUUACAUAUCUAUCAGUUCUAAUACAAGUGCACCUGUCGCUCGUCUGCAGAGGACCAC